AUGGCCCCGGGACGUCCCGAGUGUGGUUCUGCGGCAUCGCGGAGAGCCCCGUGCGCCCGGGUCACCCGCUCGGCCCGCGGACCUGGCGCCGUGUAUCGGGGCCUGGGCGAGCGCCUCUCACGUCUCACGUCUGCCAACUUUUCCAGGGAGCGCGUGGAGCUUCUGGAAGAAGCCAAGAAGAUGGAGAUGGCUAAGUUCCGCUACAUCCUGCCCGUGUACGGCAUAUGCCGGGAGCCCGCCGGCCUGGUCAUGGAGUACAUGGAGACCGGCUCGCUGGAGAAGCUGCUGGCCUCCGAGCCGUUGCCGUGGGACCUGCGCUUCCGUAUCGUCCACGAGACGGCCGUGGGCAUGAACUUCCUGCACUGCAUGUCCCCGCCUCUCCUCCACCUGGACCUCAAGCCCGCAAACAUCUUGCUGGACGCCCACUACCACGUCAAGAUUUCCGAUUUUGGGCUGGCCAAGUGCAACGGGCUGUCGCACUCCCAUGACCUCAGCAUGGACGGCCUGUUCGGCACCAUCGCCUACCUCCCUCCAGAGCGCAUCCGGGAGAAGAGCCGGCUCUUUGACACCAAGCACGACGUGUACAGCUUUGCCAUUGUGAUCUGGGGUGUGCUCACGCAGAAGAAACCGUUCGCAGACGAGAAGAACAUCCUGCGCAUCAUGGUGAAGGUGGUGAAGGGCCACCGCCCCGAGCUGCCGCCCGUGUGCAGAGCCCGGCCGCGGGCCUGUGGGAACCUCGUGCGCCUCAUGCAGAGGUGCUGGCACGGGGAGCCGCGAGAACGGCCCUCCUUCCAGGAAAUUACGUCUGAAACCGAGGACCUGUGUGAGAAACCCGAUGGUGAUGUGAAGGAGACAGCUCAAGAUCUGGGCGCGAAGCAGCCCCUAGAGCCCAAGAGCCCGAAGCCCGUGUGCUCGCCUCUCAAGCGGGCCUCCGCCCCGACCUUCGACAGCAACUACAGCCUCUCCGAGCUCCUGUCCCAGCUGGACUCGGGCACCUCGCAGACCCUCGCGGGCCCGGAGGAGCUCAGCCGCAGCUGCUCCGAAUCCAGGCUGCAGUCGGCCAGCAGCAGCAAGAGGCUCUCGGGGGUGUCUUCUGUCGACUCUGCCUUCUCCUCCAGAGGGUCGCUGUCCUUGUCUUUCGAGCGGGAGCCUUCCACAGGCGAAAAGCUCAACAGAAGCAAGGGCCACGCCAGCCGGAACCUGAAGCAGUGCCAGCAAAUGGCCGGCGUGUCACCGUUUGCUUCCGUCCCGCCAACGAGGCGGUGGAUGCUCCUCGCGCAGGACCGCGUUCCUGCCGAGCACCGGGGGUCACCUCCUGUCUUCUCGGUUAGAAAGGGCAGUGUCGCCGAGUUCACUGACUUCCCCGCGCCUCUGGUCACCUUCUGA